CUCUACACAGUGACAAGAAAACAGCUGAGAGUUUGACAUUUUGAGGAAGAAAAAAUUUUGUUUACGAAAUAAACAAAGUUUUGUGAAUUUUGUGAAAAAUUAGAUUGCUACAAGAUGGCGUCAGCAUCGAGCAGUUCAGCACGUCACCUCUUCAGCGAUAGCAAAAAACGACUUUGUGAUCGCGUUGGCGUUAAUGUAAACAAUUUGGGAUCCGUAGCGCGGCAGAUAGUUCGUGGCUCCAAGUCAAAUGAGAUUUUGGGCCAGAGCAUAAAAAACUUCACACAAGUGGACAUUGUAUCCGAUUAUAGCAGUCAAAAUUUGCAUAAAAUGCAAUUGAUAUUACAACAUGUUGAUUAUCAACAUGAAAUCAUGCUUGACAGUGUAAAUCAUAUGGAUUAUCUGAAGGAUCAAGUGACGGCAAUGGAGAGAUGAUUAGAAGAGAGUGGCUGUAGAAAUUAAACAUGUGUUCGUGAAGCUUUCUACGCCAAUUUCCAUAUAAGUUAGUUUACAUAAAUAUAUUGAUUUAUUUGAAUCUAACUUCGAAUAGUAUGAUUUAAUUGUUGAAAAGUGGUUUUUUGGUCGCCUGUGUAUGUUAACUGAAUUAAAAAGAUUUUAAAAUAUUGGAAUAGAGAGAAAAAAUAACGGUUCGCGCAUAAAAAAAAUUAUUAAAGCGAUGUAGUGGCUUAUUUCAGCAGAACAAAAAUUAUAUGUUUGUGAUGAAAUGCUAAGAUGAUGAGAAUUUAGGUCAGUGUGUUGAGCUAAAAUUAAAAUAUAUGUAUAGUGUAUUGAGUUUAGUCUUAAGUCUUUCAUAUAUAAUAAUUUUGAAUAAGUAA